CACUGUGGCAAAUUGGCGCCUAAAAAUAAACAAGCGUCUUGAAAAGAGUGUGCGUCUUCAUAGAUAAACAUAGCCGGAAACAUGACCAACCGCCUGGAGACCAAGUACGAGAACCUGAGCAGCGUCUUCCGGCUCAAGGGACACGACUACCAGAAGCAGUUCUGCCACCUGUAUGCCCACCGCCUAGCCGAGAUGACGCGCCUCCUGACGCCGCUGGUCCAGAAGAAGUGGGGCGACAAGGAGCCCAUAAAAAAGCUUUGCGAGCUGCGCGGCGAACAGGACGUCCACUGCAUCCUGAUCGGCACCAUCUUCAAGUACCAGGCCCACAAGCCCAGCAUCCUGCGGGACAUCUCCGAGGAGAACCAGUUGGCGCCCCAGCCGCCGCGACAGAACUACUCGGAGCCGGAGGACAAGAUUGUAUUGGAGGAUGAGUUACAGCGCGUGCGACUUCAGGGCGAGGUGAGUGGCCAGCUCCUGGCCACCGGGGUUGUGUGCGCCGCCCUCGGCGGAACCGAUAGUGAGGGAUUCUUCAACGUGGAGGACAUUCUCUUUUACGAAAGUGGACCUCAAAAGCCCCUGGCCACGACAAAGAGGAGUCGCCUGCUGGUGCUCGCCUCGGGAUUGGACCAACUGCAGGCCCACAAUUUCGUGGAGGCCCUAAAUCUGUUCCAGUACUGGCUGGCUGGCAGUCUGGGCAACGGGAAGGAGGCUGGCUCGAUGGUGCGCCUCAUCGUGGCUGGAAACUCGGUGAGAGCCAGUGCCGUGGCCCAUGUGCCUACGCUCCAGGUGGCCCGUACCCAGGCGAAUGCCAACGAUACCGUUCAGGCCGUGACCCAGUUGGACCAGUGGUUCGCCGCCUGGGCACGCAGCCUCCCCGUGGACAUAAUGCCGGGAGCCUACGACCCGGCCAACUUCAUGCUGCCCCAGCAGCCGUUCCACAAGUGCAUGUUUCCGCAGGCCGCCCAACUGGCCUCCUUUCAGGCGGUGACCAAUCCCUACAACUGCCGGCUAGACGAGGCCCUGAUUGUGGGCUCCUCCGGCCAGAAUGUGGCGGAUCUGCUGCGCAGCACUUCGCUGGACUCGCCCCUGGAGGCUCUACGAUGCACCCUCACCUGGGGCCACAUCGCACCCACUGCUCCGGACACUUUGGCCUGUUAUCCCUACAUAGACAGCGAUCCCUUUAUCCUACGCGAGUGUCCGCACAUCUACUUCGCCGGCAACUGCGAGUCCUUCGCGACAGAGAUCCACGAGGACUCUACCCAGGCCAAGCGCACACGCCUAGUGUGCGUGCCCAGCUUUAGCCGGACGCAGAGCGUGGCCGUGGUGGACCUGGACACGCUGGACUGCCGCCAGGUCAACUUCAGCGUGGAUGCAGAAUGAGAAAUACCAUAUUAAUAAUAUUAGGAAUACACCUUGUUAAGUCUUGAGAA